AUGAAUUCUUAAAUCUCGAAAACAUAUAAUAAAAUUUCUGAUGUCUUCUCUCGAACUCAGAUCAAGCAAGCAGUUGAAGGUUUGAGCACCUGCAGACAAAGGCUUAAAUUAAUUGAUCAUAUAAUACAUAGAAGAGAAUAAAUUAAAAAGUCUGAAAAUGUUGCUAAGUUGUAAUAGUAUGCCCAUAUCUUCAAAAUGAUGAUGAACAAAUAUAAAAAAAAGAAAAAUGAUUAAGAAUAAUAGAAAAAAUAAUAAAAAUUGGAAAUGGUUAUGCAAUUACUAAGUGGAGAAAAAAAUAAAAAGCAAGAUGUUAAGGAGGACUCUAGAGUUAUUUUGAGGUAUUGUCAAAUUGGCAAUAAUAAGCUUUUUCUCCAAUAAUCAAUAAGAGAGUUGUAACACCAUCAACAAAGGCUGAUGAUACAAAAACUUAACAGAGUUCAUAAGUUAAAUAAAGAAAGUUAUCAAGAUUUUUUACUGAAAGGGAUCCUUUGUAGAUUGAAACUUAAAUAGAGAAAGAGGUAUCUCUAUUUUAGAGAAAAAUAAAGAACUCAAUUAUUUGUAGAAGGAGAGGUUUUUACGACUCACUAAUGAAAAUAAAAAAUUUUAAUAUUUAGAAAAUUAAAUUAAAAAGCAAUUAAAAUAAUAAGAAUAUCAAUAACAGUAAACAGCAGUAAAAGUAAUUCAUUUUUUUAUUUUAGUAAUAUUACAGAGUUUAAAAUUUAUUCCAUAAAAACUACUUCAAGGGAGCUUCAAUUAAAAUAAUUAAAACAUAGAAAACAUAUCCAUUUAGAUUAGCUGAUGAUCAUUGUAAAACAGAAAGUCAAUAAUUUUAAGAGCAAGAGUCGUUUGCAUCUUAUACUGAAAUAAAGCUAAACUAAUUGUAUACUGAUUCAAUUGGUGCUCAGAAAUCUUUGAGAUAAAACAUCAAUCCUGCCCAAAUAGUUUGUUUUAAUCAUAUCUAAUUAGCACAAAUGCAGAUAUAAUAGAGAUUUCGAAUUAAAAAAUGUUUUAGAUAAGAAAAUUAUAAAAAUGAAUAUGUUUCAUAUUUAUAGCGAUCAUUUUAUAGGUGCUAUAAAUAGAAUGAAAUCAUAAUAUUUGAAAAAUAUAAAUUUUAAGAAUAUUAUAUCUAUAAAAUUGGUUAUUUAUAGUAUUUAUCAUAAUAAUUUUUCUAAUAGAGAUUAUUAUAAAUGUGA